AUGGAUAAUCCUGCGAUGGAAAAUGCUGAGACACGUGGUCGAUCCUUGAUUGAAAAGCUGGAAUUUGUCGGUCACGUGCAGAAGAGAGUUGGAACCAGACUCCAAAACCUAAAAAACAAAUCAAAAGAAGUGUUGCCUGAUGGAAAGAGGCUAGGUGGGAAGAGUAGACUGACUGAGGCCUCUAUUGAUAAAUUGCAAUCUUAUUAUGGAAAUGCAAUCAGAGCAAAUAAGAAUGAUAUUGUGAAGAUCAGGGCAGCUGUUUGGGCAGUGAUGAAUAAGCAAAUAUCAGUCACAUCAAAUGGGGUUUUUAUAAACUCAAAUCAGAUGGGACCAUUGUCUAACCAGGUGAUGAAUAAGCAAAUAUCAGUCACAUCAAAUGGGGUUUUUAUAAACUCAAAUCAGGUGGGACCAUUGUCUAACCAGGUGAUGAAUGAGCAAAUAACAGUCACAUCAAAUGCAGUUACUGUAAAAACAAAUAAGGUGGUCCAAAUGUGUAACCAGCAAAAUACAAACCCGAACACCCAACCACCUCCAGCAAAUGUUCAGAUAACAAUGACUAGUGAUGGUACCAGUUUCCAACAAAAUAAUGGAAGCGGAGCAACUCAAGUUUCUAACUCCGCCUAUGUAAGGAUCAACGUCGCCAGGCAAGAAUCACAAAACACGCUCACUUUCUUGCAAGCUGUGUUUGUUAUUGUACAAUCUACAGUUUGUUGCAGCUUUUGUCUUGGAUUUUACCUGAGUGUUCCUAUUCCCAUGAUUGUCAUUGGUGCUCUGUACAAAGAUGACUGUCCGAUAGAGCCCAUGAUCCCCACGUACCUACUCCUGACUGGAAGCCUUGGUCUACUCACCUCCUUGCUCAGCUUGGUCCAGGGAGAGGGAAAACGAAUGUCUACCGUAGAUGUGCUUCUCCACCUGUCUCAGCUGUUUUCGCUCAUCGCAGGGAGUAUUAUAGUGUACCGUGUUUAUGACGAUGUUACCUAUGAUUCUGCGAACUCCAAGGAAUAUUGCCACAAGAUAUUGUAUUUGUUCGCCUUUUGGCUUACCACAUGUAGUUAUAUAGUCUUAGGACUGUGUUGCUUGUGCGGGUGUGCAGCAUGCCUGUCUGAACUUUGAACUUCUUAAAAAUAUGUAAAAAAAAAUUU